AUGUCAACUAAAAGAGUUAAAAACUCAAUUUUGACUGAAAAUCAAAAAAGUAAAAGAAUUAAAAUUAGUUCACAUAAUGAUUCAGCAACUUCAAACUUCAAACCUGAACAAGUUAAUUCAACAAUUGUUAAAAAAUUAAAUUCAAAAAAUAAAACUAAAAAUAUGAAACAAUCAUCAAUUGAAAGUUUUUUUUCAAAAUCAACUCAAAGUAAUGAUACUAAAUAUUCAAAAUCAUCAUCAAAUAGAUUACCACUUACUCCAGUUGAUCCAAAUGUUUUGAAUUCAAGUAACAACAAUAAAAAAAAUUUAACUAAAAAUAUUAGUGAUAAAAAUGAUGAAACAACAAUUAUUAAUACUUCAAAACAACCAAAUUUAUUUUCAAGUUUAAAUAAUACUUUAAAUCCACAAGUCAUUAGUUCAAAUUUACAAGUCAACAAUUCAAUUACAGAAAAAGAAAAUCAAGUUGAUGAACAAGAAGAAAGAGAAAAUAUUACAAGUUCUUGUACUGAAUCUUCAAAAAAUGAAAUUACUCCAUUAAAUACUUUAGCACCAAUUAAUCACAAUUCUUUAAUUUCAUUAAAUAAAAAAAAUAGAAAAGAUGAUUUCAAUGAAGGUGUCACAUCUACUUCCAACUCCAAAAAAGAAAAUCCUUUAAUUCAAAAAUAUCAACCACCAGUUAUUAAUUUAGAACAAGAAUAUUCAUCACUUGCAGAAUCAUCAUCAGUUGAUCAAUUAUUAGUACAAAAAUUUCAACCUAUCAUUGAAUUAGAAGAAGAAUUUUCAUCACCUGCAGAAUCAUUAUCAGUUGGAACAUCAGAUGAACAAUCAUUAGUACAAAAAUUUCAACCACCAACUAUUGAUUUAAAACAAGAAAUUUCAUCUUCUGCAGAAUUAUCAUCAGUUGGAACAUCAAUUGAAGAAUUAUUACCAAAACCAAAUAAAGAAAAAGUUUAUUCAUUAAGAAUGAAUGAUUUGAAAUUUCCAACUUAUAAUUAUAGAAAAGAAGCAACUGAAUCAACUGAUGAAAUAAAUUUGGUUUUAAAAAAUAUAGGAAAAUCCACUAAACCAGAAAUAAUAAAAUAUAUAAAUGACAUUACAUUCUUAACGGAAUGUACCAACCACUCAAUGGAAGCAUUAGUUAAAGAAGCUGGUCGUCAGGAAUUGGAUAUUCAAGUUAUAAGACCACAACAUGGAUUAUCAGCAAUGGUGGUAAAACAUAAUAAUAAUAUUACUUUUUCAAAUCCAUUAAAAAUCAGUGAACAAAUUAAAAGUUUAGAAUCAUCAUAUAUGAAAAAUAAUAAAGCAAAGUAUAAUUAUCCAUUAACUGAUCCAACAACAGAAGUUAAUAACGGUAUUUUAAACCGUAAUCUACACGGUCGCUUGAGUGAUGUGGAAGUAGAAUUAUUUGGUAUGAAUGUUACAAUGAUGCUGAUAUACUUUUCCAAUAAACCAUAUGAACGUGAUGAGAUGUUACAAAUGUUGGAUAAAGUUUUAGAUAAAAGUAAAAAUUAUAUCAUCCUUUGUGAUAGGAAUUUCGGUAAAAGAUUAAGUGGAGAAAUUACUAAAUUCGAUAAAAUUAAUAUGAAAAACUAUUCACAAUUUUUAGAAAAAAAUGAUUUGUUGGAUUUAUCACAACAUAUAGAUAAAAAUAAAGUUUUAGCUACCAACUACACUCAAUAUGGAUUAAAAGAAAUUGAUGCUGGCAUCAUUUCAAAGACCUUGAUAAAUCAUUUUAGUAGUUUAUCCAUUAAAUUUGAUUUACUCAGCACCCAUAGUAAAUUCACAACAAGUUUCAGUUCAAUUGUAUCAACAUCAUCAUAUAUUGCAAGUCAUGAAAAUAUUGAGGCAGAAGUAUUUUUUAAAACAUUAGAAGCUGAAGGUGAAAGCUGGUUAGAAAACAUCACACUAGAAAUGAAAGAAAAAGUUGAACAUUUCAUUUUAGAAAAAUUACCAAAGAAUAUCAAUGUUAAUGUCAAAAAUGGAGUUCAUGGUAAAGACUUUAUUACACUGUUAUUAAACAUAAUGAAUUACAAGAGAAAAAUUGCUAAAGAAUAUGGUGGUCAAGUUUUUCUUUGGUCAGAUAUUGCAAAUUAUUACAAAUUAGAAACAACUUAUUUAAAGAGAUUGGUCGAUUCAUGGAUCGAUCAGAAAUGUUGGUAUAUUGAUGAAGAUGAUGAAUUUGUGGAAUCAGCUAAUGUUACAUAUCAAAGAAUUAAAUUUAAUGAAAAAAGAUGGACUAAAGAAGAAGAUGAUUUAUUAAGAGAAUUAAUUAAACAAUAUGGUUGUGAUUAUGACGAAAUUGCAGAUUAUUUCCCUACCAGAUCUUCUCAAGCCGUUCAUGAUGAAUGGUUUAUAAUUAACAAAGGUAAAAUUUUUGAAAAUCAGUUAAUUAAUGAGUUUAUUGAAAAUUUAAAUUUAUCAACUGUUAGAUCUACAACUUUUUUGGGAAAACAUAGUCCUGCAUUUUAUGAAAAAUUUUUAGAAGCAGUUAAUUUCAAAAUAUUCAUUCAUAAUAAGUAUAAAUCUGAUGUCUUUUCAUGGGACAAAAUAGCUGAAUUAUUUAAAUGGAAUAAAAGAUAUUUAUUAGAUUUAUAUACCCAUUUCAAGAAGGAAAAGAUUUGGAUAGCUAACUCAAGUGAAAAUGAUGGUGGGUAUAUUAAAAAUCCAAAUAUUCCCUAUAGAGCUAGAGCUUCUCCAAAAAUUAGGAAUCCUGCUGGCCCAAAAUUUUGGACAGAAAACAAGGUAAAUGAACUCAAAGAUGCAGUUGAAAGAUUUGGUAAUGAUUUUGAAGCAGUAUCUAACAAAUUGGGAGGUACUACUGCAUCAGCUUGUAGAGAUUAUUGGCUGAGAAUUAACAAAGGUUAUGCAUUAGAAAAAAGAUUAUUUGAUGAGUUUAAAAAAGAUAAUGUACCUCCUAAUUUAGAUUCAAAGGUAUACGAUGGAUUACAUACACCACAAUUUUAUGAGGUUUUAAUUUUAUGUAUGAAUUUUAGAAAUGAUAUGCAAAAUAAAUUCAAAAAUAAAUGCAUUACUUUCCAAAUGUUAGGAAGUUUAUUGGAUGUUACUUUUACAACUUUAAAGAAAAUGGUUGAAGGAUAUGUCGAAGAAGGAGUAUGGUUAAAAGAUGCUAAUGGUUUUAUUUCUAAAAAUCCUGAAAAGGAUUAUAGAAAAAGAAAACACCAACAAAAAAAUUGGCACAAGAAGAAUAGAGAUUAA